GCUUAAAAAAGAAUUUUUUUUUUCUUUUAAAAAAGACUGGCUUAAGGUUUAUACCGCCGUGAGUAGAAGAAAAGCCAGAAGACCUCAAACUGGUGUCUUGGCUUUCUCUUGCAGAAGAUAACUUAUUUUUAAAAUCUUGGUUCGCCACUGAAAUCAACCCCUCACUUAAACUGAAAUUACCAAGGUGAACUGUUCCAAUCUUUUUCAGUUUGGGUGUACUGUUAAAUCUAUUUAACUCUAGUAUUCAUUCUUAAGCUUCCCUCUUUCAAGAUUGCUUGAAUUUCGCAUUAGAGCUUACACUUUGACAAUUUGAGCUUGUAUUGUCUAGGGAUUAGAUAGUUUCUUUUUGUUAGAUGGGGUGUUGAUAUUUUGAAGAAAGGUGUCAACUUAACUCAAAGUACAAGUGAAAUGGAUUCAACAGACCCGCGUUGCAUACAUGCACAAGCCAUUACAACAGGCGCCGCAAAAUCUAACCGUGCAGUCCUAAACAACCUCAUUACUCUCUACUCUAAAUCCAAUCUCCCUUCACAAGCCUCCCGUGUAUUCCAGUCAAUCCCAUCACCCAAUGUCGUUUCAUGGACAGCUCUCACAUCAGCAUUCUCCAAUUCCCCACUCUCCUUUCAUCAUUUUAUUGCCAUGCUUCGUCACCCUUCAAGAAUCCUUCCCAAUUCCCAUACUUUAACGUCUCUUCUCAAAACAUGCGCUUCUCUUACUGCACUUACCUUUGGGUUACAACUCCAUUCUGUAGCUGUGAAGUUGGGUUUCUCUUCGGAGUUGUUUACGGCGUCAUCUCUUGUUUCGUUGUAUUUUAAAACUGGGUUUUCGAGUAAUGCCAAGAAGGUGUUCGAUGAAAUGUCUGUGAGAGAUGCGGUUAGUUUCUCGUCGGUUAUUGUUGGGUUUGCUCAGAAUUCUAAGCCUAUUGAUGCUUUGUCGUGUUUUGUUGAGAUGAGGAGGAGUGGUAUUGCAUCUACUAUGGUUAGUGUUUCUGGAGCUCUGCGGGCGGCUUCUGAUAUGGCGAUGCUUGAACAAUGUAGGAUUAUUCAUGGGCACGCGAUGAUAACGGGGCUUAAUUUGAAUGCGAUUGUGGGCAGUGCAUUGAUUGAUGGGUACGGGAAAUGUGGGCUUAUCGGGGACGCUCGUGGAGUGUUUGAUGAGAUAGAAAUGGAACUCAAUAUUGUCGGGUGGAAUGUGAUGAUGGCAGCACAUGCUCAACAAGGGGAGCAUGACAAUGUCAUAAAGCUUUUCACUUUAAUGGAAGAACGGGGAAUGGUGCCGGAUGAGUAUAGUUUCUUAGCUAUUUUGACGGCAUUUUACAAUGCCGGUUUAGUUGAAGAGACUGAGAUAUGGUUCAGGAGGAUGACGGAAGAGUACAGUUUGGAGCCGUGCAUUGAGCACUAUACGUGUUUGGUGGGUGCAUUGGGAAAAGCAGGGCGUCUAGAGGAGGCAGAGCGAAUUGCUUUAACCAUGCCUUUUAAGCCGGAUGCUGCGUUAUGGCGAGUAUUAUUGUCUAAAUGUGCGCAUCAUGUGAAUAUGGAUAUUGGAUGGAGGAUGAGUGAUAGGUUGUUGGAGAUUAACCAAAUGGAUGAUUCGGCUUAUGUGAUUCUGGCAAAUGCUUAUGCGAGUGCAGGGAGGUGGGAUGAAGUGAGGGAGGUGUGGAAGAGAAUGAAGGAUAAGAAAGUGAGGAAGGAAGGUGGGAAGAGUUGGAUUGAAGCGCUGGGAGAGGUUCAUGUGUUUUUAGCUGGUGAUAGGAGGCAUGAGAGGACCGAUGAGAUUUAUGCUAAGUUAGCAGAGUUAAUGGAGGAGAUUGAGAAACUGGGUUAUGUGCCCGUAUGGACUGAAAUGUUGCAUGAGGUAGAAGAGAAGGAGAAGAAGAAAGCACUUUGGUAUCACAGUGAGAAGUUGGCAUUGGCAUUUGGCUUGUUGAAUGGGACAGCACCACCCGGUAAAGCUUUACGGAUUGUGAAGAAUUUGAGAAUUUGCAGGGAUUGUCAUGAGGCAUUUAAGUAUGUUAGUAGACUUGUUGAGAGAGAGAUUAUAGUGCGGGAUGUUAACAGAUACCAUAGGUUCUUGAAUGGAAGCUGCAAUUGUGGAGAUCAAUGGUAAGUUUUGAUAAAGGAGAUCAAUGGUAAGUUAUUGAGAAGAAAUCUGAGUAAGGAGAUCUGUUGUAGAAGAAGACCUCAAACUUGAUCAAUACUUAUUGAGAAGAAAUCUGAGUAAGGAGAUUUGUUGUAGAAGAAGACCUAAACUGACGUCUUGCUCUGCAUUCAACUAAUAAUGGUACAAGAUCAAAUCCUAUUUGGUGUUGUGUUGUUAGUCGAGCUGUACAUUUCAUAAUCCAGAUACAUUGGAGUUUUAGGUGAAUACCAAUCUGAACUUGAAAGAGGAAUUACCUCAUUAAGUUACUUUAAUUACUCGCAAGGGUUUCCUUGAACUUUUUUAAUCCUAUUAUUCUCAUGACUAAAUUACUGCAUUAGAGAAGAUCCUUAACGACCAACUGGCUAUUAGAUUUUGUACAAGAACAGAUGAUAGGACCACAUGCUGCAAUUUCCAAGAUAUGAUGAAUAGCAAGUCAUACUUUUCUUUUGGUAUUUAUAAUGUUUUUGGUUAGUGUAUUUGACGAAAUCCUAAUGAGGAGCCGUGCUUUUAAAUGAUAGUUAAUAGGUCAUCUACUUCAUGCAUCACUAUUAUCCUAGUGGGUUUUUUGUCCAUAUGCAUUGGUUGCUCUUCUUUUUGGUUCUUAUUUCCUUUGUGAAGAGCUUUUAGGUAGACAAACUGGAAGAAACAGAAAAAGUACAAUAAGACUUAAUUCUUUGCACCUAAAACCUUUCUUCUACUCCUCAUCUCAAAAAAAAUAAAAAAAAUAAAAAACUUUCUUCUACUCCAGGGAUUGCAACGCUUCUGUACAGAGCAGAAAAUUAAGCUGUCAAAGGUAUGGAGAUGUAUAAUUAUUUGCACUAAAAUCAGGGUUAUAGUUCCCAACUGUUCUUUUCUAAGUAUGAUGCUGAUCUUGUAGUGAAAGUUACAUAUACGCUUUUAUUCCCAUUCUUCUUUCCCAGAUUGAUCACAUAUUUCUCUCGUGAGUCUGUUCAGAAGCUGCAGGUGGACUCCCAGGUCUUUUAUUAACUUUGGCUGCCAUGGGAGAAGAAGGAAUGUCUGUGAGUGUCAGAUGAGCUUGGUUUACUUGUAAUAUUUUGAUCAGAUAAUUAACUGAAAUACAUGGUCUUUACAAAAUGAUGCCAAUUACAAUAUUUAUUUUGAAGGUCAACAUAUGGGUCAUUCUGAUCUCAAGUAAAGGUCAAUGCAAUGAAAUCAUUCAUCCCACAUGCUGCCAUGGUCCAUGCACAGAGUUUUAGCGAUGAUCUCUUUGUUCCUAUUGGCGAUGAGGUUGUCAAAAUAUCUGCUGUUCUGGUGCGACCAUGUAACUCAAAAGUGUGUGACACGACAAAGGAAGGAUCCUCUGAGCUGGAUGAUCCACUAGUUGCUGUCAAUCAUUUGGCAAAAACAUUUCAGUACAAAGGAUGCAUUCCACAGCUGAGUUUGCAUUAAAGCCUGCGGAUAUUUCGGUUGUUUCUAUCUGUGAGUUGCCUGAAAUUAAGGGAAAAAUUGGUCCAAACAAGACUUGCUCUUGGGUUGGGGCGUGGCCAAAAUACCGUGAAUUGCAACUUGAGAAUUCAGUAGUCAGAUCGCCAAGACAGCAUGUGAGCAUUGCGCAGGUUCACCUUAGUGAUGUAUUUGGGGCCUUCUGUUCCUGGUCCUAUUGUACUCGUUGUUGACUGUCCAACACCAUCCCAUCUGCAAGAAUUGUCGUCUAUACAUUCUUUCACUCCAUAUUACUCAUAUCCAUCCGAACAAUCCAAGGAAAUGUGCAAAAAGGUUGAUUGUGUUAUAUAUCUUAGUCCUGCUUCAGUAACAUGUACAACUGAAUAUCAGCAAUGGCUGUCAUGAUUUGGUGAGGCACAGCACAUCAUGGCAGGACAUCAGCAGAAAAAUGUUGAAAUUCCAAUUCUGAAAUCGAGUGCAAGAAUCUCCUCAAGACUUAACUCCUUGUCCCCUCAAAACUUUCCUUCCCCUGGUGUUUGGCCCCUUCCGCAGUUGAAGAGCUUAUCUUCAGUCUCUAAGGUCCCAAUUGAGUUCUCUCUUCCAGCUUCAUGUGAAUUUAUUAUGGCGGGGAAGAGUUUAUAUAAUUUGAUCCGACUGCUCCUGGCGUAAAUUUAGAAUCCAAGGAAAUGUGCAUAAAGGUUGAUUGUGUUAUACAUCUUAGUCGACUUGUUGAGAGAGAGAUUAUAGUGCGGGAUGUUAACAGAUACCAUUGGUUCUUGAAUGGUAGCUGCAAUUGUGGAGAUCAAUGGUAAGGUUUUAGAACUUGAGCCGAGGGUCUAUCAGAAACAGCCUCUUUACCUACCAAGGUAGAGGUAAGGUCUGCGUACACUCUUGACUCUACCCUCCCCAGACCCCACUUGUGGGAUUACAUUGGUAUGUUGUUGUUGUUGUUGUAAUGGUAUGUUUUUUGAAGAAAUCUGAGUAAGGAUCUCUGUUGUAGAAGAAGACCUCAAAGGCUCAAACUGACAUCUUAUUGGCUGAGCACAAGAUCUUUGCCUUUUGUUGUUGAUUUGUUAACUGACAAACCUGUUUAUUGAAAACCUUAAAGAGUUUGCUAGCACUCAACCCCUCAGUUGAACUGAAGUUGCGCUCUCAAAUAAUUAGAGGUGUAUCCUUUGCAUGAAGAUAUCGUUUUCAACUUUCAAAACACUGGUAUUGACUUGCGUAAUAUAAGCCGUCUUGCUCUGCAUUCACCUAAUAAUGGUACAAAAGCAAAAUUUGCUGCUGAUUUACUAAUUGAGGUGUUUGCUGUAAAUAAACUGCUAGCUCAUGCUAUUGACAUUGUCAAACAGGCCAAGAAAAUUGGGUUUGAACUGAGUAUUUUUGCAUGUAAUAUCUUACUAAAAUGCUUGGCAGAAGCAAACCAGGGAGAAUGAGGUAACUCUAUUUGAAGCAAUGAAGAAUUUCGGACCAUCACCUAAUGUGAGGACGACAUUCACAAUCAUGAAUGUGGAUGUAAAAGAAGCCUAUGAGAUUCUGAACAGAUAUGUGAUGAAUUAGCUAAAGACAUUGGUGAGGACAAAGCUGCAGUAGAAAGAGAUCAAAGAAGGAAUCUUCAUAAGUUCUAGAGGAGAUUGAACAUGAAGGAGAGAUGCUCCAGUUAGCUGACAGAUUGCGCGGGGAAAUGAACCACAGGAAGCUAUCAGAGGCCAAAAAUCAGUUUUGAGGAGAAAUUUUUGGCUAUUGACAAGCUAAGGAAACAACUUGAAGCAUUCCUAGAAAAGAAAAAGGCCAAAGGUAGGGGAAAUGGUUCUCUAAAAUUCAGAUUUGAGUAAAAUUCUAUUAGGCGUUUCAUCAGAAUGAAGAAAAAGAAGAUGAUGGAGGAGAAGUGGAGAAUGUUGCAGACCGUGGAGAAGACUCAGCAGAAAUUGAUCUUCAUUCAAUUGAAUUGGACAUGUAUAAUGGAAAUAAGAGCUACGAUUGCCAUUCCAUCUGGUGUAGUUCGUGAGUCAACGAAUUUCGGUUGAUGAAAAAAGAAUGAGAAACUCCAUAUCUGGGCAGAGCGCAGAAGAAGCACUUCCUUUCAAAGGAGCAUUUCUGGUGGAGUUGAGUAUAUCAAUCAAUGUGAAUGUAUUAGACAAGGAAAGGCUUCAUGAACUUGGGAAACUAGGCCAAAGAGCCUAGCGGAGGCAACAAUCCAAGCAUUAGUGGAUAGAGUUUAUCGGUACCUGUGCUGUGGGAGUAACAUGUACCCCGUGGAAGUAGUCGAGGUGCAUGCAAGUU